AUGGGCCACGCUGCACUUCUCAAGCAGGGGAAGAAACUGGCAACGAAGGCAGCCACGCAGGCUGUGAAGGAUGCAAUGAGUGAAAACAAGACAAAAAAGAAAGGGCAGUCCGACUCAGUCAUCGGUAACAAGAAUGAUCCCGUGGACGGCAUCAUCAGAGUCGCAGCUUCUAUCGUCGGUCUUGUGUCAGAGGUUGUGCAGUAUCGACGCGACAGGAAGGAAUUAAAAGCAAACCAAACAGUCAUUUCGGAUGGGCAGCUUGAGGAUGCAUCGGUCAUGACGCCAGAGCAAAUCAACGAAAGCAUUUGGAGACGCGACGACGAAGACCAUCAGACAAAUCAGAUACCAACUCAAGGACCGACGGAGAACAAGGCAUCAAAAGAGCCGGCCGAUCUUGCCCAGGCUUUCCUGAAAAGACACCCCUCUCCGUCGGAAGAGAGGGGUACUUCGACAAGGAUAGAGCUGCCAGUUGUCGUACCUCAAAGGCGACCAAAGAAGCGUGCUCGUGGCUUCGUGCGAGCUUAUACGCCCAUCUUAGCCAAUGCAGACAUUGAUGAGGGGUCAUUCCUCGACUUUAUCGACACUUUCAAUAAGACUCUGGAACCGAAUCCGUACCUCUAUGCCAUGAAUCUGGCCGGCCUCGCAGGUAUGGCCACGCCUGAACCGUUCAUGCUUCUAGUGGGCGUCGCCGUCGCGUUCGCCACGGACGCUACCAUGGAGAUUCAGAGCCGUAGCAAGUCUGCCAAGUUCCUCGACCAUAUCAACAAGGACUUCUUCAUGCCGCGCAGGCUGAUUUGCCUAAUCACAACGUGGAAGCCUGAUGCAAGCGAUGAACUGAUGACGCCUGUGGGCUUUGACGGGAGAGUAAUCAGUGCUCCGUUGCCAAAUGCAGACGUCGACUUCCUCCAGAGAAUGAGGAAUGUGAAGGAAAAGACAUCAACCGACGCCAUCAUGAAGAGUUUGCAAGCGCAGGUCAAGAGAAGGACACAACCUUCCAGCGGGGAUUUCUACUCCCCUGAACCAGCGCCACUCUUCUUUCCAUCCCCCGAACAGACAGCCGAAGCGAUGAAGACACAUUCGAAUGGAAAAAGGAAGAAUACCCUAGAUCGCGGCGAGGUCUGGUUUGACGACUUCAUGGACCGACGCGCGCAGGCCAAGUGGAUCGAAAGAAACCCCACGUUUACUGUUGCCAGUUCCCUGCCAAGGCCCGAGUUUCGGUCGCGAUACGCUGACCCGACUCACCCGGCUGCUAGCGGAGAUGUUGUCGCAUUCGUCACCGGCGGUAACUGGUCUACGAAGGGCAAGACGUUUGGCAGAGGUCACUACAGUCAGCCAACUAAUGACAUAGAUGGACAGCCUGAGGAGGCGGAGCCUGUCCCCGAGACGACCAAACAGAAGAAAAAGGCAAAAGCGGGUUCAAAAAGCGGCUGGAUGAGUCUACUGCAAAAGGUGAGGAGCCCCAUGAGCCUCUCGGCAACUUAA